AUGCUCUGCUCUUGUCGCCUGAGCCCCCUGCGGCUUUUCGUCCAGGGUAUUUCGCAAUUGCACAUCUCUGAUCCCAUCAUCGCACCGAGACUCCCCCAAUACGUCAAGAACAACCGUACCUUACAGAUCAGCCAAGCCUCCACAUUUGCGACAUCGGCCGUUCACAACAAAAAGCGUGACUUCAUACCAUUUGAAAAAGGAGGAAAGCAGGCUACAUCAAGAGGACCACUGGAAGAACAACCCGACGAAGAGCCGGCGAAACCGAAGCGAGAAAACUGGCAGCUCCAAAAAGAGGCCCUAAAGAAGAAGUUCCCCGACGGCUGGAAUCCGCGCAAGCGCUUGUCCCCGGAUGCAAUUGCUGGCAUCAAGGCGCUGCACGCCCAGUUCCCCGAGGAGUACGAUCUGAAGACGCUCGCCGACAAGUUUCAAAUGUCGCCUGAGGCGAUCCGCCGUAUUCUGAGGAGCAAGUGGCAGGCGACGCCCGAGGAAGAAGAGGACAGGCAGGAGAGGUGGUUCCGGCGCGGCGUUAAUGUGUGGUCGCGGUACGCGGAGCUGGGCCUGAAGCCGCCCAGCAAAUGGCGACGCGAGGGCGUUACCCGAGACCCGUCGUACCAUCAGAACCGCAAGGAGGCGAUACAGAGGAGGAAAGAGGAGGAAGCCAAGGAGAAUGUUGGGGAGAGGCUGCAGCGGAAGCUAUCUGAUACCAUCAUCAACUGCAUGAACCCCAUACUUCCCAUUGGAUGUGGCUGCCUAUCAGCCUUCUUUGCGACCGCAAAGCCUCACUCCUUCGAAGUCUUCGAUCUUGAAAAUGCUCCACCUUACGCGGUGCUAUCUCACCUUUGGGAGCACGACGAGGUUUUGUUCCAAGACUUGAGGGACGGCCAAAUGCUACGUCCAAGAGCUGGCCUUCGAAAGAUAGACGCCGCUUGUCUUGUUGCCCAAGAGCGAAUGCUGAGGUAUAUCUGGAUUGAUACUUCUUGCGUGGACAUCGAAAGCGAAUCCGAACGAAGUGAAGCAGUCGAGUCCAGCUUCCGCAUCUUCAAAUCAGCGGCGUUAUGCAUCGCCUAUCUGUCUGACGUUGAAUCAGAGCGCUCUUUGCCGGCUGGCCAUGUUUUUCUGACCGACAGGAAUCUUGACGAUAAUCUAGAGGGCAGAUUUCGACAUACGUUCAAACGCAGUAGAUGGUUUACGCGGUCCUGGGCCCUGCCGGAACUUAUUGCCCCACCCGAGCUUGUAUUCUACUCCCGAGGGUGGGAACUUAUCGGUACACGAUCGGAGCUCCGGAAUCACCUAUUUGAUGUUACUGGUGUUGACACCUUCAUUCUCCAAGGUGGUGAUCUCGCAAAGGUAUCCGUGGCCCGGAAGAUGUUCUGGGCCACGAGUCGCAAUGCGUAUCGACUUGAGGAUAUUGCAUACUCGCUGGCCGGUUUAUUUGGCGUCGAUAUGAUGCCAAUCUAUGGGGAGGGCAACGUAAGUGCAUUCUUACGUCUGCAGGAACACAUUGCGAAGACCGUUUCGGAUCCAACCCUUUUCGCCUGGAGAAAAGAUUGGCUCCAGAAGUUCACGACGUGGGAUAAGUGCAAAGAUCUUGUCAGCUCAAGUCACCUCCGGGACUUUUUGGCAAGCAGUCCAGGCGCCUUUAGUCACUGUGGAAGCAUGUUUCCCGCUAUGGUGACCGUCGACGACAUGAAGCUAAAUCAGAGGGACUUCGGUAAUGAUGACGAUACUGCGUGGGAAACUAGUUCUGUGGCAUCCUUCCAAUCGUCAGCAACCACUUUGAUUGAAGGUUCGACUUCGACACCGGUCACAUCGGGCUUGGGCAACGCCAUAUCAUUCUUGUCCGAAAAUGAUGCCUUGUAUCCGCUCUUCAGAUUGGCCAUGCAAACGCCUCGGGUAGGACCUGACAGGCUGCGAAGGAAUCUGACCCGGAUUCUGCGGUCCCUCGGCCUGGAACUGGCGAUAGAAGCGAUGACCAAGGAAGAAGCUCUGUCCGCAGUAUUUUUCCGUGUCUACCGGCUGGCAAUCGCAUCAGGGGUCACCUCGAGAAUUGCCGAAAAGAGCCUCGAGCCCAUUGCCCUCGACCAGCCGAGAACCAAAGCGCCAGAGGAUGCUCCAGGUACUCUUUCUGAGGACCCUCAUCGAGAUGAAUUCGCGCAGCUCGAGCAGGAAGACGACGACCUUGGCCAGGGAGAAGGCGAUGAUGCUCCCGAGGAGAAGGAGGGACAAGCGAACGAGUUGAACUUCGAGUCCAUCAGAGCCUUUGUUCUCUCCAGCGGGGCUUUUGAAAACAUGACGAGGAGACUGUCCGAUUUUGUCAAACCAACCUUCCGCACCCAGGCCCAGAAGCUUGUUGCAAAGGUCCUCGAAGGCAAAGAUACAUCAGAGGACCAGUAUUGGAUUGGCAUGAAGGAUAAGAUGCAAGUCGUCCUGACGGAGCUGGAAGAGUCAAGUCCUGAAAACUUAUUGCUGGACAUUGAAAGCACGCCGAAGAGGCUCGAAGUAUUCCAAACCUGGGCGGAAACUAUGACCAAGGAGGAAUGGGAUUGGUGGCCUCUGCCACCUCCCAAGCAUGCUUUGAGCAGCACUGAGGCACGAGUUGGAUGGCGCUGUAGGUGCGGCAUAUUAAGAUGGGAAAUUGUGCCAGCGUCAUUCGCAAGUAACAUUGCAAUUCUGCUGCAGAAGUAUCCUCUCGCAAGCCGGGAUCAUACAGUCUCAGCAAGCAACCCGCAAUCAGACGCUUCGCCGAUGUCUUCGAAAACCGAUGAGACCUCAUCGCUGGGAACGAGAUCCAUCAAGACUUCCGCCCCCAACGAAUUAUUAAAGUCACCCGAUCCAACGUCCAGGAAAAUUUCGCUAGAGAAGUAUGCUGAUAUAAGCCGCCGGGUUUCUAAAGCCGUAGCAAAUGGUAUGGUCUCCAACGCUCCGCUAACAUCUUCAAAACCUAAUGAGACCUCAUCGCUAGGCUUAAGUUCCACCAAGACCUCCAGCGCCAACGAAUCAUCAGCAUUUCCCACUCCACCGCCCAUGGUACAUGUCAAUGCUCAGACCCUAGACGCCUUCCCAUGGAAACUAUUCGAAUCGGAAAUAUUUGACUCCGAAAAGGAAAUAGAAGCCUUGAGAAUGGCUUACUGGCUGGGAGUUUCCUCAUAUCCAAAACUCAAUGAGAUCUCAUCGCUAGGCAUAGGAUCCACCAAGACCUCCAGCGCCAACGAAUCAUCAAAUUUACCCGAUCUAACGCCCGAAACUGAGCACGCGCAAAUGAGAGCCAUUCUUCCAGAAACACGAGCUAGGCUGGGUCCAACGUCUUCGCCUGGUCAAAAGAGUCAAAUUGAUCAGAAGAGUCAAACUGGUCAGAACCAUUUAGCCUCAUCAAGCAAUACGGUAUCGGUUACUCCACCGACAUCUUCACACCCCAACGAGAUCUCAUCGCUGGGAACAAGAUCCAUCAAGGCCCCAAGCGCCAACGAAUCUUCAAAGCUACCUGACCCAGUGUCCUCGCCUAGUCAGGAUAAUCAGACUGGUCAGAAGCGCGAAUAUCCCCGGCCGAGGUACAUCUUUUUGCUCGCGACUACGGGUCGGCAUCGGCUCAGGCAACUACCCUCGCUCUACUUAGACACCGCGGAUUUUGGACAAGAAUUGCGAAAAGCAUAUCGCGAGCUCAAAGGCUUCUGGAGGUGGUGGUUUUCGCCUUACAACUUCUCCCAUUGCGAGUUUGUGCGUUUCGAAAAGUUCUGCCGCAACGGCUUCGCCCACCGCGGCCUCGAAGUUCCAAACAUAUCCCAAAAGGACUACUACUACAACCCGCGUCCCGCCCUUCGCGAACCCCCGGUCUCUCCCGAAGAAUUCAGCCACGUCUUCCACUACACAGCCAAGCGCGAGGCCGUCAUCUGGGCAUCGCUCGGCCUGCCGUUUUACGAUACCGUCGAGGCGUUGAGCGACGAUACCGUCGGCUGCAUACCGCAGCGGUACCACUACCUUGACGAGCGGAGUAAUCGCAAAGAGGACUUUUGGGAAUGCGACGACGCCGCUUGCGUUGGCGUUGACGGCUCUUGGGUUGUUUAUGGGGUCUAUGAUUAA